AUGGCGGAGUCAGAGUCCCUGGACGCGUUCGCCGGGAGGCUUGGUGGCAUGGCGGCGCGCUACGCGGCGCUGGGCUCGUCCCUGGAGGAUGCAGCACUCGUCAAGAAGCUGCUCGACUCGGUGCCGAACCGCCUGUACGCGGCGGUGGCCGGGAUCGAGCAAUUCUGCAACGUCGGCACGAUGCUGUUCGAGGACGCGUUGGGGCGGCUGAAGGCAUUUGACGAGCGGCUACGGCGACGCGAUCAGGCGGGAGGCGAGCGCGCUGACGGGCAGCUGAUGUUCACCGCGGCACAGUGGCGGGCGCGCGAGCGGCGUCGUGGCAGUGCGCGCGGAGAGGGCGACGACGACGGGGCGUGCAGCGAGGCGUCGGGCUUCGGCGGGAACCGGCGCGGCCGCUGCUACAAGUGCGGUGAACGCGGGCAUUUCAAGCGCGAGUGCCCGCAGUGGAAGAAGGCGCCGGCGGCGGAGUGGGCCCUGCUGGCGGACGACGGCGACGUCGAGGACGCUGGCCUGCUCUGA